CUCGUGAAACGGUAGUGGGAAUUCAUCAGAUUCACAUUUAGUUUACCUGUGCGCACUGCAGACCACUCAGUGUCGCCUUAAAAGCUACCCAAAAUGAAGUGCGCAUUACUUCUUUUUUCCUUCGUGGCUCUAGUAUGCGGCCAGAAUGAUCCGAUCGGCGAUGCUAUCAAAGAGGUCUUCACGCAAUCCCCGCGUAGUUUCUGGGAUUCCUUGGGCGAAGAAGUAACGACGAAGGCUUUGGAGACCUUAAUGGCCUUGGAGAGAUGCGGCGAAGGCAACGAUCAAGGAGUGCACGCUUGUGUUCCGUACUACAACUGCGAUGGAAAAACGAAAACCAUCAUACAGACCGGUGAAACCGACGGUUUCGGAGUGAUCGACAUCAGGUUCGGAGAGACAAGCUGCGCCCAUCCUUUGGAUAUCUGCUGCGCCAUCCCAACCAACGGAGUUCCAGCCAACGUGACGACUCAAGCACCUGUCGAUCCUAAACAACCGGAGGUCACCUCGCCCGUUCCUCCAAUCACCCCAGGAAAAGGCAACUUCUGCGGCAUCAGAAACCCCAAUGGAAUCGAUUUUAAGAUCACCGGAAAUAACAACAACGAGGCCGAAUACGGGGAAUUCCCAUGGAUGGUUGCCAUUUUGAGAACAAAUCCAGUCAAGGACGAGACUCUGGCCGUCUGCGGAGGUUCAUUGAUUACGCCAAACGUGGUCUUGACAGGAGCUCACUGCGUGCAAAAAUACAAGACAGGAGAUAUCAAAGUGAGGGCUGGUGAAUGGGAUACUCAGACCACGAGAGAAAGGAUCCCGUACCAAGAACGCGCCGUCGCUGAGAUCAUCGUCCACAAGCAGUUCCAUCCUCAAACUCUCUACAACAACGUCGCUCUUUUGAUCUUGGAAGACAACUUCGUGAAGGCGGACAACUUGGGAACGAUUUGCAUGCCACCCCAGGACUUGAAAUUCGACUCUAAGAAUUGCUACGCCACUGGAUGGGGCAAAGAUGUUUUUGGAAAGCAGGGUCAAUUCCAGGUCAUCUUGAAGAAAAUCGAGUUACCCAUUGUUCAGCACGACAAGUGCCAGGAUGCUUUAAGGACUACUAGGUUAGGGAAACUGUUCGAUCUUCACAAAUCGUUCACUUGUGCCGGAGGAGAAGGCAACAAAGAUACAUGCACGGGAGAUGGCGGCAGUCCUUUGGUAUGCCCGGACCCACAAAAUCCAGGACGAUACCUUCAAGCUGGCAUCGUUUCCUGGGGCAUCGGAUGUGGCACCGAGAAUGUUCCCGGCGUCUACGCUGAUGUCGCCCAAUACAGAAAUUGGAUAGACGCUGAAAUGAAGAAACAGAAUUUAGACACUAUGCCAUACAGCAUCUAAUUAAUGAAAAUGUGAUAUAAACAAAUGAAAUACCGAAUAUAUUUUUUGACUGAGCUCUAA